AUGCUGCUGGGGGGUCACCCGCUCUGCCCACUGCGGGGCCUGUCGCAGGUAGGGGCAUGGCAGCAAGUGGAGGGGUUGAUGGAGCCCUCCCCGAUCUCAGUCGCUAUGUGGUGGCCCGACCCAUAUACAAUGAACCAACUUUUCAAGAGGAGAAUGAGAGGAAACUGGUGCUGUCCAAAACGCUCCGGGAACGAGUCCAGAAAGCUUGCAGUUGUUCAAGAAGAAAGGCCUUCCAGAUAACCAAGACCUUUUUUCCUAUCCUGGAAUGGCUACCUAAGUACAGGGUUAAGGAAUGGCUAAUGAGCGACAUAAUUUCUGGCAUCAGUACAGGACUUGUGGGUACUUUGCAAGGUUUGGCAUAUGCAUUGCUGGUUGCAGUUCCCAUUGGAUAUGGCCUCUACUCUGCGUUUUUCCCCAUCCUGACAUACUUCUUCUUGGGAACAUCAAAACACAUCUCAGUUGGACCUUUUCCUGUGGUCAGUUUGAUGGUAGGGUCGGUAGUACUAAGCAUGGCACCUGAUGAAAAAUUCCUCAUGGUUAGCAGUAACAUGACAGGGCUGAACAAAACGAUGAUAGACACUGAAUCCAGAGAUGCAGAGAGAGUGCUGAUUGCUAGCACUGUCACCUUUUUGGUUGGCAUUAUCCAGCUGGUGUUUGGAGCGCUUCAGAUUGGUUUCAUUGUGCGAUACCUUGCUGAUCCACUGGUUGGGGGUUUUACAACCGCAGCAGCUUUCCAAGUGCUUGUUUCACAACUGAAAAUAGUCUUAAAUGUCUCAACCAAAAAUUACAACGGGAUACUUUCCAUAAUCUAUACCCUUAUAGAAAUAUUUGAAAAUAUUGGAACCACCAACAUAGCUGAUCUCAUUGCUGGUCUGCUGACCAUUGUUAUUUGUAUGGCAGUCAAGGAAAUAAAUGAUCGGUUCAGACAUAAGAUCCCUAUUCCUAUUCCUAUAGAAGUGAUUGUGACAAUAGUAGCCACUGGCAUUUCGUAUGGUGUUGACCUGGAGAAAAAAUACAAUGCAGGCAUUGUUAAAUCAAUUCCUAGGGGAUUUUUGCCUCCUGAACCUCCUGCUGUCAGCAUGUUUGGAGAGAUGAUAGCUUCUGCCUUUUCCAUUGCUAUUGUUGGCUACGCAAUUGCUGUAUCUGUAGGCAAAGUGUAUGCAACCAAAUAUGACUAUGCUAUUGAUGGAAACCAGGAGUUUAUUGCCUUUGGGAUCAGCAAUAUUUUUUCAGGAGCUUUCUCAUGUUUUGUUGCCACUACUGCUCUGUCUCGGACAGCAGUCCAGGAAAGCACUGGUGGAAAAACCCAGGUUGCUGGCAUAAUCUCUGCUGGAAUUGUAUUGAUUGCCAUUGUUGCUUUGGGGAAACUGCUCGAACCUUUACAAAAGUCUGUGUUAGCAGCUGUUGUCAUUGCCAACUUGAAAGGAAUGUUCAUGCAAGUGUGUGAUGUCCCUCGUUUGUGGAGGCAAAGCAAGGCAGAUGCUAUGAUCUGGGUUUUCACGUGUAUUGCAUCAAUCAUUCUUGGACUUGAUUUGGGAUUGCUUGCUGGUCUGGUGUUUGCACUGUUGACUGUUGUAUUGAGAAUUCAAUUUCCCUCCUGGGGGAGCCUUGGCAACAUUCCUGGCACAGACCUAUAUAAGAACGUCAAAGAAUACAAAAAUAUCAUUGAACCAGAAGGAGUGAAGAUUCUCAGAUUUUCAAGUCCUAUAUUUUAUGCUAACAUUGAUGGCUUGAGAAGCAGCCUUAAAUCCACUGUGGGAUUUGAUGCUGUUCGUGUAUACAACAAGAGGCUUAAAGCCCUGAGAAAGAUACAGAAGCUAAUCAAGAAGGGGAAAUUAAAAGCAACUAAAAAUGGCAUAAUCAGUGAAUUUGGUACUACUAAUGAAGCUUUUGAACCUGACGAAGACCCAGAAGAUCCUGCAGAACUUGACAUUCCAACUAAAGAAGUAGAAAUCCAGGUGGACUGGAAUUCAGAACUCCCAGUCAAAGUCAAUGUCCCCAAAGUGCCUCUCCAUAGUCUCAUUUUUGAUUUUGCAGCGGUAUCCUUCGUGGAUGUAGUAGCAGUGAGAGCAAUAAAAACGGUUGUCAAAGAGUUUGAGAGGAUUGAUGUGAGGGUAUAUAUUGCAUCACAUUUAGACCACAUUAUCAAAACACUAGAACACUGUGCCUUCUUUGAUGAUGAUGUCCAAAAAGACAUGUUUUUCCUGACUGUUCAUGAUGCUGUACUUCACAUACAGAGUCAGAUCUUGUACAGAGAUAUACAGGACCCUAUAUUUGAAAAGAUUUCAUUGAUGCAGGAGUCAAAAGAACCACUAGAAUUCACGGAAGCAGACCAGAAUGAAGAGCUUGAUGUUCAGGAAGAGGCGAUGCGAAGACUUGCUUCAUAAAAGGAAGACUUGAAUUCGUCAUAUCUAUGAACUGUAGCAAACACACACCAAUAUCUCAAGGAGUUUCAUCACUGGGACAAUUUAUUUUGCACUACAAGAAGACAUUUAUUUUGUACUACAGAUGUCUCAGGUUCACCUACCUUUUUUUUUUUUUUUGCAUAUGUACUUAAAAUUACUUGGUAAAGUUGCUCAAAAUCAAAUUAAUGGGGAAAUUAGCUUCUACAUGCAUAAUUGCAUUUAAAUUAUAAUUACAUGCAUCAUUGCAUUUAAAGUCCAAAGUUAUUUCAGUUUAUAUUUACUAGAAAGCAAGCUAUUUGUUGGUAUGAACUGGGAAGAUGCUUAAGACUCUGUUUGUACAAUGCCAAGUAGAAUGUGAUGUCUCCGUCUCUCAGGGUACCUCUUGGUGCUACUGCCACAAUGGCAACACUAUUCAUGACUGAUAAAUACCAUAGUAAUAAAUAGUAGGAACCUAAGUUCUGGAAGCAAAACAGCGUUCUGGAAGAUGUAAGGUUUUGAUUUGCUAACACAAAAAUAUUCAUAAAGAUAUAUGAUAUACAGUUCAGAAAUCACUUAUUUCAGAACUAAUAAGUUGAAAUAUAGAAGAAUGACUUCACCAUGUGAAUAAUAGUUUCAGAUGAUAUUCAAAUGCCUGAUUUUCUUGCAAGGUUUAAAUCAAAUGGUGGCUAACUUUUUUGGCAAGUGUGCUACAUGGUCUAUCUAAAGUAUGAGGUAGAGCCACUUUAGUGUGCAUUUUGGUACAUAUGCAGCCUCAAACACCACCCCACCCUGCCAUGUUGGGGUGGUCUUGCCUCUUGUCUAGUAACAGGUAAGCAGGUGGAAGCACUGAACUGGAGACAGAGGUGCACCUAGGUAAUUUUGGAAGCCCCCCCCCCCAAAUUAAGAAUCGUCAUGUUCCGCUGGGUGACCACACUACGCAGGACAGAGUAAAGAGGAUUGGGGGGGGCAGGGGCUAUGGAGGCCCUGGACUUGGGCACCGAAGUCCAGGAGUACGAGUGCCUCUGACUGGAGAGGCAGGUAGAAAUGGAAGCCUGACUCUAUGUCAUCACCAGGCUCAGGGAGGCCCUCCUCCUGCCCGAGCAUGCUGCAGAAACUCCUAUUGUCUAUAGCAGUUUUGGCACCCAUGUUGCAGGCAGGUAAAUUAGCGCUUUUUACAACUAUUAAUACAAAUGGAAGCUAUUCAGACAAAUAAUUGCUCAUUAUGCUAUUUUGAAGAUUCCUGUUAUAAUGCUAUUUUGAAUUAUUGCUUCCAUGCCCUGCAACUCAAUCCUUAUGAUGGAGUUUGUUGCACUAGGCAUAGUUAUAACCAUGAUAUUAUAUUAGUGCUGAGGGCAGAUAUGAUUAAAAGUUUAGGAUUUGGAUGUUGAUUUGAUAAUACUGUUUUUAGAAUAUAACAACUAGUAAUAAUUAAUGGAAUUAAAAACAAUAACUAUUAAUCACAAAGGUUUCUAGCAAGACAUAUCCUAUGUAAGUGAAUGGAGAUUUUGGUUUGAGGGCCAGAAUAAUAGAUUCCUUAGGCCGCGAAUCAGUUGUAGCUGAUUUAAAGUGCUAUGCUUGCACUAACUUGUGCCUUACUCUGUGAAUAUUCUUUUCCAAAUUAAUAGGCCUGCUGGUUAACCCAUUAACAGAAUGAAUGAAACCAAACCGAAUAAGUGAAAAAGCUGUGAAUACAUUUCUCUAUGCAAUAUCACCCCUGGUUAUAUAUCUACAUCUCUAUAUUAAGGAAAUAAUAAAAUUGUACAAAGUACAUUAUUUUUGCGACUCCCCCCACUAAGAAAUGAAAUAUAAUAGGAAAUCAUGGGAUCUUCUGACAAAAUAAAAUAUUUUUCUUCACAGAGGAGGAUUUGCAUCAAAUGGGAUAUUUUUCUCUCUGGGGGGGGAAAGCAGCUAUGGAGGGCCCUGAUCAGGACCAUAUUGCAGGCAAAUGGCUAAAGCCCCUCCAGUACUCCCCAUGGUGCACUGGCAAACUCAUGAGAGAGGGGAAAUUAAGCAUUUCUCAUCAGUUUUGCAUUAGAAAGUGCACACUUAACAGUGUUUGUUUUAAGCUUAUUUGUGUACACUGCAUUCAUACAUAGUACCAUGAACAUGUUCAUAGACCACCAGAAAUCCAUUUCUUCAUUUGCCCUUUCAGCUUGUCUGCAUGUAGUAGCAUCCAAUGCCAGUCUAUGUAUAUAAUGGGCAAAUCCCUAGAGGUGCCUUUUCUUCAUGAAAGGGAUUCAUCUGUUAUUUAUGUCCAGUGGCCCCCACCAAGCAUAUGCUGCAGUCACCAAAUCCCACUGAUUAAGUCCCAUUGACUUUAGCAGACCAUUUUCCUAUAUGCAUACCUUGAAUGUACAUGUCAGAUGGAAAGUGAUAUAUUGAAACUAGUGCAACAUACUAAAUAACUACUUGAAACAUGGUAUACACCAGCAAAUGUAUAAAGUACAAAUGCAUAUUCAUGCAUAUUUUGGGCAUUAACAAGCAGACAAAUCAUGCUUAUUGUUGCUCUUAGUUUAUUAGCAAAUGCAUAUGAUACUCAUCUGCACAAAUUCAUUUUCUUAUUUACUGAAGUUAAACACCAUUCAUUAUUUAAAACAAUUCCAUAAUUGCCACACAGAAAGAGAAUAUUGGUAUUAUAUCAAGGAAGCAAUCUACACUAGAUGUCUUUAAAAAAGCUAAAAUCAUAGAGGGAAAAUAAUCAUUUUAUGAAAAUAAUCCGAUUACUUUUUGCUGUAAAAAAGACAUUGUGUUUUCUUUGGAUUUUGUAAAUAUUAAAACUGGAUCUUUGUACCUUCAUAUUAUGUUAAACAUUAUCAGUUGAAAUGCCUGUAUUUGAAAGAAUGUUUUGAAAGCAAACAUCCACAAUGAAAUAAAUAUAUUCUCACAUUUU